UUAAAUUAGGCGCUGUGGCGUUUAUGCUGUCAGUGUCAUGCCGCUGAUGUGAACCUGUGGUUCGUCCUCACCGAGUCGCUGCUGCAGCUUCUCAAAUCUGCACACAUGCCUCAUUCGUCCCGACCGUGGAAGGAUUUAAUGACUUAACCGUAGUGGGAUUACUUUUUUGUGUGUUUUUCUUGCUGUCCUCCGCCGACGGCUGCUAAAUUCAACUAAAAAGCUACGCCAUAAGGAGAGGUUCGCCCCGGACUCCUACCAUGCCGCAGCACUCAGCUUUGACGAGUAAAAACUAUGACUACGACUACGACUCCCUGCAGCCGUAUUUCUACUACGAUAACGAGGAGGAGGAUUUCUACCCGCAGCAGCUUCAGCCUCCGGCGCCGAGCGAAGACAUCUGGAAGAAAUUCGAGCUGCUGCCAACCCCUCCCCUGUCCCCGAGCCGCCGGCCGUCACUGUCCAGCCUCUUCCCCUCCACCGCCGACCAGCUGGAGAUGGUGACCGAGUUCCUGGGGGACGACGUAGUCAACCAGAGCAUCAUCUGCGACGCGGACUCCUCCCAGACCUUCCUCAAGUCCAUCAUCAUCCAGGACUGCAUGUGGAGCGGCUUCUCUGCGGCCGCCAAGCUGAAGAAGGUGGUCUCAGAGCGGCUCGCCUCCCUGCACGCCGCCAGGAAGGAGACUGCGCCCGGUGAAGGCGCGGACCCCCCCGGGAAGCUGAGCAGCAGCAGCAGCUACCUGCAGGAUCUGAACACCUCCGCGUCGGAGUGCAUCGAUCCAUCUGUGGUGUUUCCAUAUCCGGUGGCGGAGACGCCCAAGCAGAGCGCGGGGACAAUGAUCAGUAAGGCUCUGGGUCUGGACACGCCGCCCACCAGCGGCAGCAGUAGCAGCUGUAGUGACUCAGAAGAUGAUGAUGAUGAGGAGGAGGAGGACCAGGAUGAUGAUGAUGAUGAAGAGGAGGAGGAGGAAGAAGAAGAAAUUGAUGUGGUCACUGUGGAGAAAAGGCAGGCGGUGAAACGAUGCGACCCCAUGCCACUGGAGACCAGACACUCCAGCCCCCUGGUCUUGAAGAGGUGCCACGUCUCCACCCAUCAGCAUAAUUAUGCAGCACAUCCACCCAUGAGGCAAGAGCAGCCGGCUGUCAAGAGACUGAAGCUGGAGAGCAUCAGUAGUGGAGGGGGAGGUGGAGGAGGCGGUGGCAGGGUCCUCAAACAGAUCAGCAGCAACCGCAAGUGUUUGAGUCCCCGGACGUCCGACACAGAGGAUUAUGACAAGAGAAGGACUCACAAUGUGCUGGAGCGCCAGAGGAGGAACGAGCUGAAGCUGAGCUUUUUCGCCCUGCGAGACGAGAUCCCAGAGGUCGCCAACAACGAGAAAGCAGCCAAGGUGGUGAUCCUGAAGAAGGCGGCGGAGUGCAUAUCCAGCAUGCAGUCAGACGAACAGAGACUCCUGUCACUCAAAGAACAGCUGAGGAGGCGAAGUGAACUUUUAAAGCAGAGACUUGCACAGCUGCAGGGCUCUCGAGCCUAAAAUAUCAAACCUGGGACUGUUUUCUGCCUUUUUUUUUUAAAUGCAAGUUCAAGAUGUACAGUUGUUGCAUGCAAGUUUUUGGAAUCUUUGAUUUCAAUGUUAAACUGCCUCAGUGGACGUUAAGGCUGAAUUUAAAUAUUUAAAAGUUUAUUUUUUAUUAAUAAAAUGUUUAAAAAAUGGGGUUGCCCUGUUCAGGCACUCAAAACUAAAAAUAUACAUUUUUAUGUUUUUGUAUAUAAUUAAUAUUUCCUAAGAAAAUGUAUUUUUCAAUCUGAAUCGUCUGGAUGUUCAGACUCACUGUUUGGGUUUUUUGCAUUCUGUUCCUGGAGUCCUUUUCAAAUAUUAAAAUGUUUUCUUGA